AAAAUAAAAUUUAUACCUAUUUCUUCCAUGCAUGGAAUUCUCCUCCAACUAAAACACCACCACCAACAACAAAAGAGAGUGUUAUGGCCUAUCCUACACCACCAUAAGAAUCAACCCAUUUCAUCAAAAUUUGAUUUUUCCAUUUCCAAUCCAUUAAAUUCGUUUACUUAGGAAACUGUAAUUUGAAGGGUUCUAUUCUUUCUUCCUUUUUUUUCGGUGGGUCUAAUCUUUUUGUACUACAAGAACUGUCACAUCUGAAUGAACCCUUUUUUAUUCUCUUCUGUUUCUCAUCAUCACCUUGUUAAAAAGCUACAAACUUUUUGAUCUGUUUUUCUCAACUCGAUCUCAAUUUUGUGGAACGUGAUCAUCAUCAUCAUCAUCAUCAUGGGAUGUGUUUAGUCUUUUGGAGAUUUUUUUGAGGUAAGUGUUAUAGUUUGGUCAUUGAUCCUGUUUUUCUUUUAUUGGGUAUAUUUGAAUUGAUUAAGAUUCAUACACAAUGGAAGAGAAAAAGUUUGUGUGUAAGUUUUGUAGUAGAAAGUUUGCUUGUGGUAAGUCUCUUGGUGGUCACAUUAGGACUCAUAUGAUGAAUGAACAUAAUUCAGUUAAAGCUAAUGAAGAAAAAAGAAUCAAUGCUAAUUCCAAUUUUAAUGUUAGUGUUAAUGUUAAUGGUAAUGGUAAUGCUAUGUUUAAGUUUGAUGAUGGGAGAAAGAGGAAAAGGGAUUUUGGGUCUAGUAGUGGUGGUGUUGGUGGUGAUGAUGUUAUUUAUGGUUUGAGAGAGAAUCCCAAAAAAACUACAAGAUUUGUGCAUUCCAAUGUUGCUGCUACUAUUCAAAUGGAGAAAUUCUGCAAAGAAUGUGGGAAAGGUUUUCCAUCAUUGAAAGCUCUGUGUGGUCACAUGGCUUGUCAUUCAGAGAAAGACAAAGGAAUCAAUAGGAUUGUUGAGAGUAGUUCUGAAAAGCAGAAAUUGGUUAUGGAUAGUCAAUCUGAUACCGAGACAUCGGUUCAGACGCGAAGAUCGAAGAGAAUGAAGUUCAAGAAUGUUGGCAGUGGUGGUGGCAGUAACAACAAUCAUCAACCUUCUUCUUCUUCUCUUCAUUGGGGGAAUUGUUCUUCUUCAGUUUCUGAGGUUGAGCAGGAACAAGAAGAUGUUGCUUUGUGUUUGAUGAUGCUGUCUAGAGAUUCUACCUAUAAGGGACGUUUUGCUUUGGUGACUGAGUCUUCUGAUAACAAUUCUGUUGUCCUCGAAGCGAAAUCGCCUUCUGUUGAUACUAAGUUUGCUGUGAAUCGCGGUAAGAACAAGGCUUUUGAGGUUGUGGAGAAGAAGCUGAACAAGGAUGUGAAAUUGAAGUCUGUUGGAAUUGGUUAUGUUUCUGAUAAUUCUAAUUCUGAGGAUUUCAAUUAUGGUCCUAAAAAAGUAGACUCAGAUGAAUCAAGUGAUGAUUUUUUCAUGAAUGAGAAGAAGUCUAAAAAAGUUGGGUUUGGAGAACAUGAAUAUGAAUCAAGCAAGAAGAUAAUGAGCAGAGAAAGAAGUAAAAACAGUAAUGAAUUCAAGAAACUGGUUUUGGAUGAUUCUGUUGGUAAAAUUUUAGUUGGUAGUUCUAGCAUGAAAAAUGGUUAUAGUAAUGAUGAAAUGUAUGAUGAGAAUGGUGGAAAAGAAUUGAAAAUUGAAAGAGAGAGUUUUUCUUCAUCUGAUGAUUCAGCUUAUGAGAGUGAUGAAAACAGCACUGAUAGUGAUUCAUAUCAAGCUCCAAAGACUCAAACAAAUAAGAACUUAAUUGGAAAAAAGACUAAGUAUACAAGCAAGAAGGGAAAGAAGAAAAUGAAGUCAAAGAAAAGUAAAGAACAUGAGUGUCCAAUUUGCAACAAGAUUUUCAAGUCAGGACAAGCUUUAGGAGGUCACAAAAGAUCCCAUUUUGUUGGAGGUUCUGAUGACACUCUUGUGAUUAGACCCAGUGGUGGUGGUGGUGGUAGUGGUGGUGGUCGUGCUCGUGCUCCUCCUGUUGCACAGGCUCCUCCUGUUCCAUGUUUCAUUGAUCUUAAUCUACCUGCUCCAGUUGAUGAAUAAAGAGAAUGGAACAUAAUUUUGAAGCAUUUGUUGCUGUUGAGGUAGCUCUGAAUUAUGAAAUUAUGAAAAAGGUUUUCUUUAUCCCAUAUGAUGAUGAUAAAAGCAUUGACAAUGUAUAGACAAGUGGGAAAUUGGUGGUUUUUAUUUUUCCUUAUGGCUUUAGAUUCAUUAUUUGGUAGCUUUAGUAGUGUUUUCUUUUCAUGUUUAUGGAGCAUGACAAUUUACUAGUUUUCCAAUUGAAUUCUUUCUAUUGCUAUGCUUUAUAUGUUGGAUUCAA